GUUUUCAUAACUUUGAUCAACUUUGAUCCGUUUAAUAAGUCUGUCGUCAGUUUCGUAUAUAUAAAUGUUGAUUUAUCGUCGCGUCAGGAGUUAGUGCAACUCGGCACAAACUUUGCAGAAAUUCUUCUGCUUUUGCUCUGUCUGGAAAAGUUUGCAUCGUUUGAAAUGGCUGACAAGGCGUCUGAGCAACUUGAAAGUUUCAAGCAGAAAAAGAAUGGUCAGAUGGAUGGAUUAACAACCAGCCUGGGAUGUCCUGUGGGCAGCAAGACUGCUUCGAUGACGGCUGGUUCCCGGGGUCCCCUGCUCGUUCAGGAUUUUGUUUUCCACGAUGAGAUGGCCCACUUCGAUCGUGAGAGGAUUCCUGAGAGGGUGGUGCACGCAAAAGGAACCGGUGCUCAUGGCUACUUUGAAGUCACUCAUGAUAUCACCAGGUUCUGUAAGGCAAAACUCUUUGACCAGGUCGGAAAGAAGACACCAGUGUUUGUCAGGUUCUCCACCGUUGGUGGAGAGAAGGGGUCAGCUGACACGGCUCGUGAUCCCAGAGGAUUUGCUGUGAAGUUCUACACUGAAGAAGGGAACUGGGACUUGGUGGGAAACAACACUCCAAUCUUCUUCAUCAGGGAUCCCAUCCUGUUUCCAAGUUUCAUCCACACUCAGAAAAGGAAUCCCAAGACAAACCUCAAGGAUGCGAAUAUGUUCUGGGAUUUCUUGACCCUGAGACCCGAGUCGACCCAUCAAGUCUGUUUCCUGUUCAGUGACCGAGGAACUCCGGAUGGCUUCAGGCACAUGCAUGGCUUUGGGUCACACACGUUCAAGUUGGUCAACAAUCACGGGGAACCUUUCUACUGCAAGUUCCACCACAUGACGAACCAGGGAAUCAAGAACCUGCCUGCAAGUGAGGCGGAGAAGUUGGCUGGAGAGGAUCCUGAUUAUGCCACCAGAGAUCUUUACAAUGCCAUCGAACAAGGUUCCUUUCCUUCCUGGACUCUCUUCUUGCAGAUCAUGACAUUCCAUCAAGCUGAAACUGUCAAGUUCAAUCCGUUCGACCUCACCAAGGUCUGGCCACAUGCAGACUUUCCAAUGAUCCCAUACGGAAGGAUCGUCCUUAACAAAAACCCCCAAAACUUCUUUGCAGAGGUCGAACAAGUGGCAUUCUCACCCGCACAUUUGGUGCCUGGCAUUGAACCAAGCCCUGAUAAAAUGCUCCAAGGUCGUUUGUUCUCGUACUCCGACACACAUAGACAUCGUCUGGGAACCAAUUACAACCAACUGCCAAUCAAUUGUCCCUACAGAGCACGAGUGAGCAACUACCAGAGGGAUGGUCCGCAGUGUUUUGCCAACCAAGGUGAUGCACCAAACUACUUUCCAAACAGUUUUACCGGUCCUGAUGUCAUGCCGAAAUGUUUGGAGUCCAGAUACAGCACCACUGGUGAUGUUGCAAGGUACGAAACACGUGAUGAGGAUAAUUACAGUCAAGUUACAAUAUUUUGGCAGAAGGUCUUGAAGCCUGAUGAAAAGGACAGACUGGUGGAGAACAUCGCCAACCAUUUGAAGAAUGCCAAGGAAUUCAUUCGCAGGAGAGCGGUGUACAACUUCGGACUGGUUCACGAGGAAUUCGGUAGGAGACUUCAAACGAAGCUUGAUCAACUUGUUGCACCUUCAUCAGGUGUUGCUAAGCUGUGAAAUAUCAAAGAUAUUCAUAAAAACUUAUUUUUUUAAUUAUUGUUGAAGAUGAUGAAGGGUAAACAUUUUGAGUGACGAAUAACAUUAACAAUCGACGAAUGCAUUAACUUGUUAACUGCACAAUUAGUAAAAUUUUUCUGGUAAUUUUUUGUUGUUAAUCAAAUAAAUUUAGUUUUGGAUCGCGAUUUUGUUUCCAUGACUAAGUUUUUGACUGGUGUUUCGUUGAAAAAUUAAUUUUCCAAACUAUCC